GGGCAGUUAGGCGUAUCUCUUAGGCAAUUGGAUAUAAAGGGAGGGUUGUGGGGGAGUAUUGACCACCCAAAGUCACAGCAGCAACAAUCUUUGCCUGUUUUACACACAGUUCCUUUGGGAUAAUGAUUAAUCCAAGGUGAAACAUUAAUGACUGCACUGUAUAUAUAAACAACGGUGCUCAACAUAAACAGCUAAUACCAAGGCACAAGCUGACUGAGAUUCCUAGACUUUAUUAUACAGCCUAUUUCUAUAUAGACGAAUUUGAUAGAUUUAUACUGAAUUUCUAGAACAGUAUAAUGAAUAUCAAGACUAGAAAAGAAGUUGCCUGCUGGCUACUGUCUGCCUCUUUCCUGAUACUAACCAUAGGGGUAGGGCUGGCCGAACCGCUGCAUUGUGCUCAGUGCACUGAGGAACGUUUAGCCCUCUGUCCUCAGGUUUCUUCAGACUGCCAAGAACUAGCAAGAGAGCCUGGCUGCGGCUGCUGUUUGACCUGUGCACUGAAGCGUGGGGAGCCUUGUGGUGUUUACACUGCGAGGUGCGGGAGAUCCCUCAGCUGCCACGCAAAGGCAGGAGAGGCCAGACCCCUACAUGCACUCACUAAAGGACAAGGGAUCUGCAUGGAUGCUGAUGAGCUGGAGAAGUUAAGAGCAACUGAUUCUGCAGAUAUAAAGGAUUAUGCAGAGCAGGAAAAUACAGCUCCUGAAGGCACUGACAUUUCACAAGACCAAUAUUCCCCAUUCUUCAGAUUGUUUCCUGAUGGCUUUGACAAAGUUGAUCCCUGGAAUGCAAUCACUGUGUUUGAGCGUCUGAAGGCAAAGAAAGUCUUUGAGCGUAACAGGAAGUGGAAGGACCAGCAGGGCCCAUGCCAGAAAGAACUGUAUAAAGCAAUGGAUAAAUUGGCCAAGGCUCAACAAAGAACAGGAGAAGAGAUUUAUAGAUUCCAUAUUCCCAAUUGUAAUAGAAAUGGCUUCUAUCACAGCAAACAGUGUGAAGCAUCAUUAGAUGGAGAACGUGGAAAAUGCUGGUGUGUCUAUCCAUUAACAGGAAGAAGGAUCCCAGGUUCUCCUGAGAUCAGAGGAGAUCUUAACUGCCAGCAGUAUCUGAAUUCUCAAGAAUAGAUUUUAUUAUUCCAGUUUGUAUUCUUUAUAAAUAACUUUUGGUGUAAAUUGCAUAAGUAUUUAUUCUAAGUAUAUAUUUUCUUUUUCCCCCCUCACUUAAUGUAUUUUUUUCAUAACUUUAUUUAUAAAUAUAUUAUUAAGGUCCUUAAUAUUUACACUAUUUUUUUAAAACAAAUUAUAAAAUGUAAAUCUAACAAGCAUUUAUUUAACACAAAAAUUAUAUUUUUUACAAAUAUGCAAGAAAGUCUGAAAAUAUAAAAAAAAUAAAAAAAACUUAAUUUUUAUGGUAAUAUAUUCUGAAACAUACUUGUAUUUAAGCAAACAUUUUGCUAUUCUUGGCACCUACUCGAUUUGGAGUUUCUCAAGUUAUUUUCUUUAAUUGGUUAAAUACAGUUUUUAAUUUAAUUACAGGGUAUCAAGGCAGUGUGAAUAUUCAUGUUAAAAAAAUGAGAACAAAUAUGUUGACUAACUCCAUUUAUUUAUGAAUUAAUAAUAAAAUAAAAUCAGAUUUAAUUUAUAUUUCCAAUGUUCCAUAAAUAUAUAGUGCUAGAUGACAAUAGGGGCACAGAAUGGCUCAUUGUUUUUCUCCUCAUAAUACCAUUUUGCUAUGUUUUGAGCCACCAAAAUAUCCCCUUUGUGCACAAUUAGAACAAUUAAUAUGCUUCGUGUGUUCAUAAAUAUAUUACCACUAAGCACUCGUUACACUAAAAACUCUACCUCUGUUAUAGGUGGUCAAGGUGCAACACAGUUGCAUUAAUAUUCUGUAUACAUUACUUCAUAGAUCAUUUUAAAAAGGUGACAUUUCCAAAUAUUCUAUCAGCAUUUUAAGAAAAGCAUGUUUUAGCCAAUAUUUUUUUAAUGAAGGAAACUUUGUGAUAGUUCAGAAAUGUUACAACUAUCUUGCCACACAGGCACUUAACAAAUCUCGCUACCUCAGUUUUAACAGAUUGGUUUAAUUUUUUUUGUGUCAGCCAAUAAGAACUUCUAUACAUAGGUAUUAAAAGCCAAUCCCAUUUGAGAAUAUAUGGGUAGCGUAAAAUCAUUGGAACAAUACCUGAUUGAAUGUCGCAAAGGCAUAGAUUUUACCAUAAAAUAACCAAAACAAUGGCAAUGAUUUAGAUCUCUGAAUUUUCUUAAAUAUAAUCUGUCUGCUAGAAUAUGGGAAUUUAUAUAAACACACAAAGAAGAUCACUGUACAAAUUCUGACAUUGUAAAGGCAUAUCUUUUUCUGCAAAAUGUGUAUUUUUUUCUGUGAACUUUUAUCAAUCUUUUCUUUUAAUGACCUUACUUGUGCAUUGUUGUUAUAAUGUGUUGAUUCUACCUAGCAUAUAUCAUAUGCACUUCGGUGGUAGACAAUGUAAAUAAGUAUAUAAAUGACACACAAUUAUAUUUAUAUAUACAGUAUUAUUUAAUGUGUAUGAUUGGCAUAAUUGAAAUAUAUGAUUUCUUUUUCAUCCAUUAUAUUUUAAUGUCAUUGUAAUAGAUCUGACAAUGUUUUACCAAUUUUGCAAUUUAGAGACUCUAACUCAAUUACUCUAUUUAAAAAAACAACAAAAGCAAAACCUAUAUAUAUAUAUAUAUAUAUAUAUAUAUAUAUAUAUACUGCAGUGUACAUGCGGCUAAGAAAAAAUAUGCAUUUUAUUUAUAUCCAGUAAUGUGUUAGUGAUUUUCCACAAAAUAUGGGGAAUUGGUUUUAUUUAUUAUAUCAGAGAAAUAAUAUUUAAAUACUCUGCCUCAUUGUUACAUGCACUGACGAAUGGGCAUAUUUCCCAAUAUUUGUAAUUUUUGUGUUGCUGAAUAAAUACUUUUCAGCUUCAAAUAUAUAAUGGACCUAAAUAGAGAAUUUUCAGUCCCAGCUAGUAACAUACCAAAACACAGAAAAAAAUGACGUUAUAUAUAUAUAUUUUCAAGAAUUUUUUAAUGUAACGUGAUAGUUAUAUGACCAAAUCAGGCCUAAUAUAAAGAAUACUGUGUCAGGAUAGAGCAUUGGGUUUUCUUCAUGAUAAUUUUUACAGAUUUGACCUCAUAUAUUAAUUUUAUUUUACAAAUAGUAUUAAAAUUAAGUGGGAAAAAGAGGACAAUAAAUUAAUUUGAAAGAGUUACCAGUUUACAGUUAAUUAAUUCCUCCGUAGGGCUCUGCACACACUCUUGAUAUCAGGGUGCAUUUAAAUCCAAUCCAUAACUCCCAAACAGAGAGCACUCACCGGGUCUUCAAUAAAAAAAUUCAAUUUACUAGAACUGCUCUAAUAAAUUGAAGUGAGUGCUUUCUGUUUGGGAGUUAUAUAUAUAUAUAUAUAUAUAUAUAUAUAUAUAUAUAUAUAUAUAUAUAUAUAUAUAUAUAUAUAUAUAUAUUGUAUCUGUAUAAAUACCAAAUAAAUCUGUAAUGAAACCAGGAAUACUAUUUGGUUGGUAUGCACACAUAUUAAUGAAUAAAUCACAGGUGUUGAUAAUUCACUGUUUCAAUAUCCCAAUAAGUGUUAAAUGCAUACAUUUUAAUUAGAUCUAGUCUAGUAAGAAAUUGCCAACAACAAAUACGAACUUAGGCUUUCGCUUUUACUGAACAUUGAGUGGACCAGUACAUUUUUCUCUGACAUAGAUGAUAUCUAUAUAACCAUAUGACUAUAAUUAUAAAUAACUAUAACUGUUUUGGCAUUGUUUCUGUUUUUAUUUUGCAAUAUUGGUUAAAAUUGCAGUCUGAGAAUAUAAGAUAUUCAACAAUUCAUCAUGUGCUAUAUAAUUUGCCUUAAUAUUUGCUUUUAGAUACAGCUUUCUUUCACCUUGUAUUUCCAAACAAUUUAAAAUAUUUUGCAAAUUAUGUUUUUCUCCUCUUGGUUUAACAUAUUGAACAAAUUUUAGAAAACUUAUGGGAAUCAAAUUCAUAAAAAAAAAACUAUAUUUAUUUAUUAAAUAACUGUAACACUGAAUAACAUAUUUUGGACUGCGUGUUUGUAUCCAUGUUGAAAAUGGUGUAAUUUUUUUUUUUUUUUACAUACAAAAAAAAGUUGACUGGCAUUCAGUCAGAAUUUCCAUUUUGCUGCUACUUUUAUAUAAAUAUAUGUCUGUUCAUUUGUGUUUCAUAAAAAUGUAUGACUACGCUGCUGCUAAAUAUUUCAUAUACUUUUUGUACGUUAUUGCUUGUAUUUUAUUGAUCAUAAAGUUUGUUUCUUUUGUAUCUUUGAGAUUGUAUCUUUGAGAUUGUUGAGAUUGUAAUAAACUUUACUUUUCACA